UUUUUGCCAGAAAACCGCACUUUGACGUGUCAAUUUGGAUCCAAAACCGACCAAUGCUCCCUAACAGCUCCAGAUUCCAAAAUUCAGGAUUUAAAUUUAAAAAUCAAUUGUAAAAGGGAGCCCAUGGAUGGGAAAAGUGGUGGAAAAUUAAGAUUGGCGUGUCCAAUAAGAUGUCCAAAGGAAUAUGAAGUCCAUGUUCUCAACAAAAUUCCAUCUAGCAAUCGGAAAUGUAUCAAGUAUUAUACCUAUGGUAAAUAUCAAGGAGAACACGAGUGGUGA